AUGGCCCUCAUAACUCCCCUUCCCUACCCUUUCGACCUAUCCUGCCCACUCCCAAAGUCCACCAAGCCGAUCAAUGCCCCUCAUUGGCCCUUUCCCGUCGCUGGACCUAGUACAUACUCUCAAGAACCGGUAGACCUGUUUGGUCUCGCCCCUCUGCAUGCUUUUGCACAAGACAUCGCCCGAAUACCUCCCCAUGCCAUAGCAGAUGCUCUGAGCCCUCUUAUGAUCUCUCUCCCGUCUAUCGAGAGCCGACAUCGUAAUACCAUACUGCCCGAGAUCUCCACCAGUACAUCUGCGGAUCAGACGCGCAAGGAUUUGACGGUGGAAGAGCUGGCGGUGAUCCGAGCUGGGAUGGCGUUCAGGCUGGAGUGCAGGGCUAUUGCAGACAGUGGAGAGAUGCCUGCUCAGAAGACUGUCGCCGAUCAGCUCGAAAAGCGAGAGUAUGUCAUCUCUACAUUCGCAAGCAUCGAGCUAACCACUAUCAGGACUUUGAUACAACUCAUGAUACUCUUGUCGUACACUCAGCAUACCCCUCGUCCGUUGUCUCCACCACUGGUAGAAGGCAAAUUAAAGAAACGCAAACGUUCCCGCACGUCCAACGUUUCACCAACCUCUUCGCCCGAUACAGCCACAGACUUGUUGCUCGAUCGGAUAAGCAUCUGGCAAGCUCUCUCAGGUCUGGACCUUGACUUGGAUUUGGACAACCUCACUGGGAUGUCUGGAAAUGCUUCGGGUGGUGGUGCAAAGUCUGUAAAGGGGAAGGAGAAGGAAGAGAAUGGUUUGGAGUUGAUGUUGAGGGCGUUUUGGGAUGAUGUCCUUGUGCCAUUCUAUCUGAAAUCCCACCCUGCCAUCUUGCAAUCCUAUCACGAAAAGACAUUCGGUACCCCCGCUCCCGCUACCCUCUUCCCUCCAAAGACCAGCUCUGCUGAAGUCGCAUCCGGCGGCGGCGCAAAGUCCCGCAAACCAAAACUCACCCGCGCCCUCGGCUCCGCAGACGGUCAAGUCUACCCCUCAUCCACCUCCAGCUCCCUCUCCCGUGCUCCUUCCGCGCUCCUCCCGCCGGCGCCGGUGCAGGAUACAGAAAGAGGUCGGCCCGAGAAGAGAGAGCGACAGCCCGCGGCGGGGUCGAGGGCGCCCUCGAGGACGGGGUCGGAAGUGUCUGUGGGGUCUGAGAGGAGUUUUGUGAGGACGUUUUCGAGGACGGAGUCUCAGAGUCAGAGUCAAGGGCAGGGGCAGUUCCGUCGUUCGCGGUCUGUCUCAAUUGACCCGUCUGUGCCGCUCCCCGUGGCCUCUUCUAGUACGAUCGGCGGCUUGGGCAAGAAGCCGCUGGCCAGGACGGCGAGCGGAAAGGGGAAGGAGAUGAUGAACAUCCAAGGGCGCCAAGUCGGCUUACGGCGAGCAGGAAGUAAGAAGCUCGCACCUUCUGCUCCUCCUGGUGAUGCUUCGGCCCCAGCGGCGGACAGCCAAGGCCGCGAGUCACAAUCCCAGCUGGGCCAAAGAGGCCUCAUGGGCCGCAAAACAUCCUCUUCUUCCAACCCUUUCCGACCAAAACACUUUUUAUCAUCUACUUCCUCCUCUUCCCUCUCUUUCGCAGCGCAGCAAGAGGCAGAUACGCUCAUCAUGGCGACACCUUCGAAACCCAAACAUCAAUCCCAGACAUUCGCUUGGCACCCUACGCCCAUCCAAGAAGAGCCCACGUCUUUAGACAGGGAUAGAGACAGGGAUGGGCAGAGGAGUGUGAGGAAAGAGUUUGUAGCGGAGACGCCAGUUGUUGGAGGGGGUAGGAUGAGGGGGGAGUGGGCGUAUGGGAGUUUGGGGGAGGGGGUUCUUGAGGAGGAGGUGUCGGGGGAGGGGUUGGGGGGGUUGAUGGUUAUGACUGAUGAGGAGGAUAUGGGUGAGGGGACGGGGGAGGGGACGGGGGAGGUGGGGGGUGGGAGGGCGAGGGCGAUGUUUGUGCCCGAGACGCCUGUAAAGUGA